AUGGCCAUCAGGCCGCACCUGCCUGCGCCAGCCUCUUCUGUCGCGCCGCCUCCGGUCGUCCUCAUCCCGGAGGAGCUGACCGGCGUGAUCCGCGACCUGGCUACGCCGUCCACGGCAUCCGCCGGCGGAACUCGCGGGGUUGCGACUGGGAAAGGGGUCAUCAGCAGCAAGGUCGGGGCAAACACACGGCGGCAGGGCCGAGCUCUUGGCGAUGUGAACCGGAUAGGCGACGAAAGGGCAAGGCGGGAGCGCCAACUUCAUCGCGAUUCCAUCAAUUCACUGCCUGGGAAGAAGAAGAAGAAGAAGAAUCCCCCAUCCCGAGACGACGAGGAAGAGGAGGGCGCGAUCCCCAUCUACCGUCGUGACUGGGAGACCUCCUUCGGCGGCGUCUUCGGCUCCUUCGACGACGGGACUGCCCUUGGUCCAAUGCGUUAUACAUCUGGACCUAUCCCAGAAAAUGCCUUUCCAGCUACCACCCUGCAGGUCUUCUCCAUCAGAGUUACUGACCUGAAUGGUCUCUGCUGGUGGCCACUUCAUGUCUAUGGCUUGGUUGCCAUCAGAGACGGAGUAGAUCAUGAUCGCAACUUUCUCUUCAGACGCACAAGGGAUAACUACCAAAUCCUUACCGAAGAGGAUCCCUUUUUGAUGCUAACAGGCCCGUCUCGUGCGGUCAUGUUGGUCGGUCGGACUCGGAUCACCUUCGAAGUUCAGCUGAAAGUGAAGGGUAAAAAAACUGAAUCUGAAGAUAGAGUGUUGGCCUCCAAAGUCUUCCAUUUCCGCCUGGGGCCUCCCUCUCCCCUUGAAGACGGCAUCCAUACACACAUCCCCUACGACAGUUGGACGCUCGACCUCUCGUUCGCGCCUCUGCGGCAUUCAGUCGAGGCCACUGUCAGCGUCCAGCUAGUCGACGGGUCAUGGCCGGACGGUCACCAGGGACAGAUCUUCUGCUGCGCCACCGGCAUAGAAGACGCCAAGAUGCUGCUGCUUGACUGUCGAGAUGGCAACAUGCCCAUCGGUCCGGACGGCAUGUUUGCACUCUCGAGGCGCGUUGUUUGCGCGGAGCUUAGCGGAAGGGACAAGCUCAUGGUGUCCGUGCAGGCGCGCCGCGUCGGUCUCCUUACGAGAAAUCGGGCCGUCUUCGAGCCGAAGAUGUCCGGGACGAGCGUCGGCAUGUGUGACCUUCGUUUCUGCAAGAUGCAGGUCACCGUUGCUUGGUCCUUGCUCUCCACCUCUCGCACACAUGCAGGUGGUAAGUCUACCUGGGUAAUGUGUGCUCAGCCAUAG